AUGCCUCAUGGUCGCGACAGUGUCGCCUCGGAGUUCGCCCGAGAAUUGUUCGAGAGUCAGGUAUCAGAUGGCCGUACAUUUCUGCAAAUAUAUCCAGGCUUCAAAUGGGUGUUCCCAAACUCUGGUAUGCUCAGAUCACAACGAUUUGACAUGGAACUAUCGCAGUGGUUCGACAUGUGGAGUACAGAGAAGCCGCACGAGAAGGAAGAUAUGGUCAGAGCAGGCAUCGAGAAGGCAGCAGCCAGUAUCAUAGAUUUGAUCAAAGCCGAGGCCAAACUUGUGCCUCUUGAUCAUAUUAUUCUUGGUGGCAUCAGUCAGGGAUCUGCAGUUGCCAUCCAUAGUCUGCUUCGCAGCGGUCUUCAGGUUGGCGCAUUCAUAGGCUUUUGUACUUGGCUGCCACUUCAGGACGAAGUCAAGAAAUCGAGAACAUCUGUCAGGACGCCGGUAUUCCUGGCACAUAACGAGGACGAUGAAGUCAUAUCCAUAGAGAAUGGAAGGCUCAUGCGGGAGACACUACAUAAUAUCGGGCUGGAAGUCGCAUGGCGGACGUAUGAGACUGGUGGCCAUUGGUUUAACGAGCCGCAGGGCAUUGACGACAUUGUUGCGUUUCUCGCAGAAUGUGGUGUCUCGAGCACAUGCUGA